AUGGUGGUAGGAGAUUAUCAACUCUACCGGUACGCCCCAUCCCUCGCCGCCGCCAUCGCAGCAACCGUCUGCUUCGGUCUCAUCACAACAUGUCAUUCGAUCCACUACAUCGCCCAGCGAACAUGGUUCUUCACACCCUUCAUCAUCGGGGGCAUAUGCCGAAUCCUCAACAGCCAACAAACCCCAAACUGGAGCACCGGUCCGUACAUCAUGCAAGAGCUCCUCCUUCUCAUCGCCCCAUCCCUCUUCGCCGCCUCCAUCUACAUGAUCCUCGGACGAAUCAUCCAAGCCACAAAAGGCGACUCCCGCUCCCUCAUCCCGGGACGCUGGAUCACCCGAAUCUUCGUCAUCGGAGACAUCAUUGCCUUUUUUGCUCAAGCCGGGGCAAAAACAACAGGUGGCGGCAUCCUCGCCCAAGCCAAAACCUCAUCCCAAGAACGGCUCGGCAACUGGGUCAUUAUCGGGGGCCUGCUCGUACAGAUCAUCUUCUUCGUGCUGUUUAUCUUCGUGUCGGGGGUGCUUCACGUUCGUAUGAGACGUCAUCCUACGCGACAGGCGCGGAAAACGCGAGUCCCCUGGGAUCGGUUCCUCGGGGUGUUGUAUCUCACUAAUGGGUUGAUUCUGGCGCGCUCGGUGUAUCGUGUUAUUGAGUUUGCGGAGGGGUCGGAUGGGGCGUUGCAGAGGCGGGAGGUGUGGUUGUAUGUGUUUGAUGGGUUGUUGAUGUUUUUGGUGAUGGUGGUUUUGUUGCUUUAUCAUCCGAGUCGGCUUGUGUGGGUGGAGGAGAGGAGCGGGGGAGGUGCUAGGAGGAGAGGGAAGAAAGGGAGGAGGAGAAAGUCGAGUUCCAGACGUCGUGUGGAGCGGGAGAUGAUGGGUGUUGUUUGA